CUUACACGCGUUUUCACAAAAAGGACCUUACAUGGGUUGUUCCCCCAAUAAGAAAAUUACACGUUGCAGAAUCGAAGCAGUGGUCUAUCCUUGUUAUCGUCCUCUCGUCUUUAUGGCUCUUCCAAGUCAUUUUGAGAAAUUUUCGAUUUUGAGAUUUUUUUCCAAAUAUUACAAAAGGAAAUAAUUAGAUUCCUCUUUCUGCUUGCUAUACCUUGAUAGAACAAUAUAACAAUGGUGUAAGUCUUCUCGCUGUAUUCGAAAUUAUUUGGAGGAGGAAAAUGGAGUGUGUUGGGGCUAGGAAUUUCGCAGCAAUGGCGGUUUCAACAUUUCCGUCAUGGAGUUGUCGAAGGAAAUUUCCAGUGGUUAAGAGAUACAGCUAUAGGAAUAUUCGUUUCGGUUUGUGUAGUGUCAGAGCUAGCGGCGGCGGAAGUUCCGGUAGUGAGAGUUGUGUAGCGGUGAGAGAAGAUUUCGCUGACGAAGAAGAUUUUGUGAAAGCUGGUGGUUCUGAGAUUCUAUUUGUUCAAAUGCAGCAGAACAAAGAUAUGGAUGAACAGUCUAAGCUUGUUGAUAAGUUGCCUCCUAUAUCAAUUGGUGAUGGUGCUUUGGAUCUAGUGGUUAUUGGUUGUGGUCCUGCUGGUUUAGCCUUGGCUGCAGAAUCAGCUAAGCUUGGAUUAAAAGUUGGACUCAUUGGUCCAGAUCUUCCUUUUACUAACAAUUACGGUGUUUGGGAAGAUGAAUUCAAUGAUCUUGGGCUGCAAAAAUGUAUUGAGCAUGUUUGGAGAGAGACUAUUGUGUAUCUGGAUGAUGACAAGCCUAUUACCAUUGGCCGUGCUUAUGGAAGAGUUAGUCGACGUUUGCUCCAUGAGGAGCUUUUGAGGAGGUGUGUCGAGUCAGGUGUCUCGUACCUUAGCUCGAAAGUUGACAGCAUAACAGAAGCUUCUGAUGGCCUUAGACUUGUUGCUUGUGACGACAAUAACGUCAUUCCCUGCAGGCUUGCCACUGUUGCUUCUGGAGCAGCUUCGGGAAAGCUCUUGCAAUACGAAGUUGGUGGACCUAGAGUCUGUGUGCAAACUGCAUACGGCGUGGAGGUUGAGGUGGAAAAUAGUCCAUAUGAUCCAGAUCAAAUGGUUUUCAUGGAUUACAGAGAUUAUACUAACGAGAAAGUUCGGAGCUUAGAAGCUGAGUAUCCAACGUUUCUGUACGCCAUGCCUAUGACAAAGUCAAGACUCUUCUUCGAGGAGACAUGUUUGGCCUCAAAAGAUGUCAUGCCCUUUGAUUUGCUAAAAACGAAGCUCAUGUUAAGAUUAGAUACACUCGGAAUUCGAAUUCUAAAGACUUACGAAGAGGAGUGGUCCUAUAUCCCAGUUGGUGGUUCCUUGCCAAACACCGAACAAAAGAAUCUCGCCUUUGGUGCUGCCGCUAGCAUGGUACAUCCCGCAACAGGCUAUUCAGUUGUGAGAUCUUUGUCUGAAGCUCCAAAAUAUGCAUCAGUCAUCGCAGAGAUACUAAGAGAAGAGACUACCAAACAGAUCAACAGUAAUAUUUCAAGACAAGCUUGGGAUACUUUAUGGCCACCAGAAAGGAAAAGACAGAGAGCAUUCUUUCUCUUUGGUCUUGCACUCAUAGUUCAAUUCGAUACCGAAGGCAUUAGAAGCUUCUUCCGUACUUUCUUCCGCCUUCCAAAAUGGAUGUGGCAAGGGUUUCUAGGAUCAACAUUAACAUCAGGAGAUCUCGUUCUCUUUGCUUUAUACAUGUUCGUCAUUUCACCAAACAAUUUGAGAAAAGGUCUCAUCAAUCAUCUCAUCUCUGAUCCAACCGGAGCAACCAUGAUAAAAACCUAUCUCAAAGUAUGAUUUACUUAUCAACUCUUAGGUUUGUGUAUAUAUAUGUUGAUUUAUCUGAAUAAUCGAUCAAAGAAUGGUAUGUGGGUUACUAGGAAGUUGGAAACAAACAUGUAUAGAAUCUAAGGAGUGAUCGAAAUGGAGAUGGAAACGAAAAGAAAAAAAUCAGUCUUUGUUUUGUGGUUAGUGACCGAGAAAUGUUUAAAUCAACAAGAGUAAAAAUGUUCAACACAUGCUUUUAAUUUUUAUCAAUUUAUUUCGCUUAUAUUGUUUACGAUUGCCAUUUAUUU